CAGCCACAGUCGUCGCUAUCUAUUCGCUUUAGGCAGGCGAAUACUUAAGAUACCCUCAGGGGCACACCCGCAGCAGCCCACUAAUUUUGGUAACGAACGCACACGAUACGACGAUACACACACGUCAUCGCUUGUACCACUCAGCUUGUUACUUACUUGCUUCUUCCUCUCCAUUCUCGCAGCUUGACCAUUCCACUCGGGCCAAAUAUUAUAUCGCACGCCAUAUCAGAUCUUGGCAGCUUCAUAUAACGAGUGAACGCGGCAUUUGCCUUGAUGCGGUCCAUCUCGUUCAGGCGACCUGACCCUCAUAUAUAAUGGCUCGCCCAUUUCAGAACCCUUACGAGCCGGUGGAUUCUCCCGGCGCCGAUAACCCUUUGUCGCCCCAACCACGUGGCGGCACACCCAUAUCAUUUAAAACGAACGUGAAUCGCGCGAAGACAAAGCGCUGGGUUGAAGCGAAGAAGAUCUCUUACGAUGGCAAUGACUGGGGUGACGAUGAGUACGAUGAUUACGACGAGGAUCUGACGCCUCCUCUACCGCAACAGCAACAACAACCUUUGAAUCAAAGCACUGGGGACCUCCCAAGUGUAUCGUCAAGAAACAUACCUAAGCCCUGGGCUCUUGGAAUGGAUCGCUCUCGGUCAAUGGACCAGGUGAUGACGCUAGGGGCCGGUCCUGCGGCGGAUAGCCGUAGUCGGUCAACCGAUCGCAACGCAGAAGAACAGAAUUACAACCUCCCAUCACGCCCAGGCGACAUCUAUAGCCGGUUACGCGAGCAGACAGCGAGGCCAGGCAACCCUCCAAGCCUGAGUCGGGCCUCCACGGAACCAGCACCUAUAACCAGCCCGGCAGGACAGGAAGCACAAGGCAAGCAACCCGAGAACGAGAGUGUUCCUUCCAGACCUCAGAACGAUGUUCCUAUUAUUGGGCUCCCAGAUGUCAGACGUCUCUCAGGAUUCGGCGCAGAUCUCACGGGUGCUCCUUCGUCUGACGCUCAAAAGGACCAAUCCGCAGAACCACAGCAGCAAGAUCCUCAAUUACACCAUCACCCCUCCGUCGGAUUCCGGUCGGUGGUUAAUCAAGCUUUCGAUGUUCCAGAGACACCCAGCACUACCAUCGAUAGCAUUGCACGGUCGGAUAGCAAUAGCACGUCGGUAAUAAGCCCGAUCAUUCCUCCUCGUGGCCCAAACGAGCAGACGCCAACGAUUGAGGAAGAGCCGGAAAGUUCAUCUCCACCGAGAGGCUUUAAGCCUGGUCAUCGCCGUGAUCUGAGUGUUCCCAGUCCAGAUAAUAGUCCUUUGAGAAGGCCAAUAAUCACCAAUAACGAUACCAUCGCUCCCGAAUCAUUAGCAGAAAUGUCAUCGGACCCUCCAUCUGACUCACCUCAGGACCAGUCCACGCCAACAUAUCAACAAUCCACCAUGCAACCAACUACCACAACCGCGGAAGAUCGACCUGCACCGCUCAAAAUCAGUGGUAACAUGUCUCCCCCUGAAAACUCCAUUCCCGCCAUUGUUCCCUCCCUGAGUACGGAAAAUUCCCCGCAAGACACCGAGAGUGACCGAUUAAGGAAGGAGAUCAUUCGUUCAUUGAGUCGGGAGAACACUCCAUCUGACGAACCGGACCCACAAGACCGGUCCAGGCCACAAACAAGUCGGCAGGAUAGUCUCAUUCCGAGCGAAUACGAACGAUACUGGAACGAAACAACUAGUGCCAGUCCCCAGGAGUUCAAACCCGUCCUUGGAUACAACUCCGCACAGAACGAGUCCCAGGAUUUAUACUCCAGUAGCCCACUGCAGGCGUCUACUCUAGCACUAAAUGCGGCUCCGCAAGACACAACCCCUAAGUUGAAGAGGCGAUUUUCUUGGGAGUCUGCCUCCUCCGAGGAACAGGCUGCGCCCGCGACAGAGGUCCAAUCCCCUCCUGUAGGGCCAAUCCCCGGGCAAUUCCCUGUAAUUGAUGAGAAUAGUGUUCAGCCAUCGCCGGAGCCCGACACUGUGGCUCCGCCAGUUGAGACACAUGAUGAGGCUGGCCGUGAUCAUGUGCCUGAGAAGCCUAAGUUGACGAUCAUCCCCCCGUCUGCCACCGAUGAUAAUAGCAUCGUUUCGGGUCGACAUCUUCCAGAAGUUGUCAAUGCCCAAACCGUUGGAGAUGCCUACUCCCCAGCCGUUGCAAACCAGGAUGCCGUAGCGUCUACGUCUGCACCCACGCAGUCGCCAUCUAUCGAAGCAAGCUUGCUUGGCUUCCGUGAGAUCCUCGAGUUGAAGACCUCCGACGAACGGGUGCAAGCGUUCAACAAAACCCGAGACCAGUUUGUGACAAUCGAUACCGGUCUAAAUAAUUGGCUCCGGGUUACGAUCCAUGCUCACCCUGAAUACGCAGAUGUUGUGCAGCAAAGCUUGAAACAGACAACGGAUGAGUCCAAGUACCCCGUACCCCGGGCCAAAUUCCCUAAACUGUCGUCUCUUGGGAACCUCGUGUCGUCUCACCAGGAAGGGUCGUCCGGCUCGGGCCAUGUUAGACGUCCUUCGACUCAUCUUGGUUCCAUGAUGAAUAAACAGCAUGUGGAACAACGAGGGAAGGAUUUCCUCCACACCGCUGGUGUCUUCGGCGGUAAAGCUGGCGAGGCCGCCAAGGGUCUAUUUGCCAAGGGCAGGAGUAAAUUUAAAGGUGGAGGGUCAGACAAGGGGUUUGAAUCGAGUCGUGGUUAUCGCAGGAAAUUCUCCUUCUCAGAACUUGUUCUAGACCUAGCCGAAGAGGACCACGACAAGCGACGGACGGUCCACUUUGGAAGUCUCCCCGGGAUGAAUGGCGCUCGAGACAGCCAAGUGAAUCGGUUGAGCUUGGACAUCAAGCGCAAACAAGUCCCGUCGGUCUCGGCGCGUAGACCGGUUGAGGGCGCGGCAGCAGACACGGGAUAUCACACGGAUCCUGAGCCAUCCGCCAUCCAUAGCCACCGCUCCGGUCUUACUCAGGAUCUGGACAAGGAAGUGAUUGCUGCACUCGGCUUCAGUGAUGCGGAUUCACGAUCAGGUCAAUCAGGUCCUGCAUUGUCCUAUCGAAGUACCGCUGGAGCGAUGGCGGAAUUGGAGGCGUCUGACUCUGGCGUCCUGGCGCAGACAGGGUCCCAGGAGCAUUGGGAGUUGCCUGGAGAGAGUGCAUCCUCGGCGCAUCGAUUAGCGCCCGUGCAACCUGACAGGGAUUGUCCUCCCCGAAAGCCUUUGUCGAGGAGGAGCGAAUCUCCCCCGAUGACCCCGAUUCAGGUGGCAAUCAAUGACGCGCCUCUGUUGAUCCCCGAGUACAAAAGCGACCAGCGGGACAUUGGCGACAAAAUCCUGUCGUGGACGGAGCAGGCCAACAGCAUUGACGAUCCCAUGGGCCAGCAAAAUAACGUUCAGCCACCACCUGCGCGCGACGAGCCGUCUCCCGAAUGCGAGCCGACGACUACUCGGGCACCGUCGUCGAUGGGGAAACGGUUCUACUCCUCAGUCAUGGAAAGCAAAACUAGGGACGUCCCACGUAGCAACGACGAGAUUAAUAAGGCAACACUGCUAGAUCCGAGUCACCAUCGGCGGGGCUCCAGCGUCCAAGUGCGACUCCAACCAGUGCCCUCCGUCUCAUCCUUGGGCACCCUCGAGGCUGAUCGAGACCCACCACGGCCAUUGCGCCAAGUACUCGGCCCGGCGAACUCGUCGCGAGUGUCGUUCUUGUCGGAUGGGGGCGAGGGUCAGCACCAAAGUCUUGGCGGCAUACUUAGACCCGAUCAUCGAGGGCGCAGGCCGAAGAGCCCCUGGCCAGGCGAUGAGGCUGAACAUGCCUCGCGCCGACUUAGCGGUGUCUUUCGACCUCUUCUGUCAGGCAGUAGCAGACCCCGCGAGACUUCCCAAUCGACCGACCAUGCUCGCUCCAACCCGCCCGUCCAGCCUGCCUCAAAGCAAGCGCCACCGCAGACCGCGUUAUCAACAAUGGAGAAGCUGAAGGUUGUCGGCAACAAAAUUCGUCGCCCUUCUCGGGGCUCUGAAUCCCACAGUGACAAGACGGGUCAGCCACACCGGAAGGCGUUGGACAAAAUCAGUGGCUUCUUCAACCGUCGAGGGGAACAUGCCCGGCCCAAAUCCAGAGCGGCCGAAACCCACGUUCCACCCGUGGUGCACAUCCAGCGUCAGGCCCAUUCAAUGGACCGGCUUUAUCCCGUCUCAUCACAGCGCACGUCCACCUCGGAUCACUCUCACCUGCCCUCUACCGAGUUUGAUCGCCCCCGAUCAAAUAUCGAGAACCACUCCUUCCAGGGCCAACGUCCACCCGCAGAAGGAUACUUCGCUCCGGAAUCUUUCUCACGGCUCAAUGAUCCCCCCGAACCCGGCACUCCCUUGACGCAGCAGAUCACCGUCGAAGACGUGGCCAGCAAUACCAUCACGAGUAAUCGCAUUCCGUCGCCGACCGAUUAUUUCCGGCAUCGACACAGCGGCAGUGGCAGUGGUAGUGGGAAUGGUCGACUCACACCCCAAUCACCGCUCUUCCGACCACCCACAACGCCGCAAACCCCCCAAUAUCAACCACCCCCGGUCGCAUCCCCCAUCGCCUCCCCCGUCGGUCCCGCCCCACAAUCCCCACCGUCCCGCGGCCGUUCCGAAGAAAGAUCCUACGCCCAAGACCUAAACAUCCGCUCCCGCAGCCCGAAAACCUUCGCCCCGCGCCCGGACGAAAGACACAUCCCCAGCACCGACACCUCCGACCCCGCCUACCACCUGGGCAUCUUCCGCCGAAACCCUCGCACCAGCCGCAUCGGCGACCAAGAACGACCCUGGAAACUGACCAUCCCCGGCGAAUCCGACGAGGACAAACCCUCGGACAACGCCCUCGCCUGGCGCCAGCAGACCACCAAGGGCGUCCUCCAAUGCGGCAGCGACCGACUACCCACCUACGAAGAGGACACCACAGACCCACCCCAGGAAAAUCUCCGCGACGAAAAGCCCCCUCUCAGCGACAUCCCCGCUACUACUACAACUCGUCCCGCCAUGCCCCUCUCCCAAUCCACGGGGAACAGCCACCCCACGCGCGGCGAAGGCCGUGUCCUCAACAACGACGCCCCGGUCGAGUUGCCCGUCCAGACCGAUGACGAUUCCAGCGAAGAGAUCAUGAUGUCGAGCACGGCGUAUCCGGGCCAGGAGUGGAAACCAGUUGGGUUCUCCGGGUGGGAGUAGCAGAGAGAAUCGCUUUAGUUUCGCUAGUUUGUUCGUUGGCGUGGUAGAUACCCUUUUGAUCUUUCUUUCUUUUUUCUUACAUAUAAUCUUUUCCGGGGUUAAUAUUUUAGUUCUGAGAUACUGUACUCAUAUUUGACUUUUGCUGUCUGGAGCAUAGCGAGCUUGAGCUUUUGGACAUAUUUGAUGAAAUGCUACCUAUGAGGAAUGAGAUAUAUGUUUUAACCUAAACG